AUGUUUGAGCGACUGCCUUUCGACGUUGUGACUCUCCUCUGUCGAGAGGUUUUUGUGCAAUCUCAGGAUCCAACACACAGACUCGCUGGCAAGCGAGUAAUUGGACGUCGCGUUGUCCAUCCUUCUGCGUAUACGGGACACGACGACCCAUUGGUCGCACUCUCGUCGGUCAACAAGCGCACACGAGACGCCGCCGAGCCGUUCUUGUUUCAUACCAUUGCGUUUGGAAGAACAUGGGAGCGCAUCGGAGCACAUCGUUGGGAAAUUGCGCGAAAGCGAAUGCUACGAAUGCUCUCCAAACCGUCGUUGAGAACGCUCGUCAAGGUUUUCAAGUUUGAGUGUUCUGCCGAUGCACCAUGGGAUGAAAUGAAGCAAGAUCGCCCGCGCUUUUGGGAGGCGUUUGUCCAGGUCCUCAAGCAUUUACAUAGCGUGGAGACAGUCUACCUCGGUUUAUUUACUCAAGAGCUCGAUUCGUGUCCUCGAAUCUUUGCACCUUCGCCUGGCAGACGACGUGCACUUCGAGAUAUGUUUGACGAUCAAGUGGUGCAAACUGAGCGUACCGAGAGGGGCCUCUUGGGUACCUGUGUUCCUUUCGUGAGUGACAGUACUGUCCUUGCGCUGGAUUACGAGCUCUUGCCGCUGCAAGAUACCGAGAGCCCAUUGUUCCCCAAUGUUAGGACGGUCCACCUUUAUCGAGGGUCACAGUGGUUUGCGAGACACUGUCCAAGUCUAAAAAGUUAUGUAGACUGUGGGACUCACGAGAGCCAGUUUUUGAUGCUGGGCCAGCUCGUCUUAUCCCCAUCAUUGAUUCGCUGCUUGAAGCUGCGGCAAGAGUUUUCAACACAGCUCUUUAGAGAACUGGCCGUCUUCUCCGCAUUGGAAGAGCUCUCAGUCUGGAUACCCCCUGGGGGGGAUGUGUGGUACAAUAGUACGACUGAUAGUCUAAGCCGAUUGACCAAUCUGAGGCGGCUCUGCCUCGUAAAGCCAUCAGCCAGGACCCUGUAUUCUUCUGGUGGACAGAACUUUCAAGAAGUUGCAAAAAAGUCUCUCAACGCCAUCGAACAGAGUUGUCCAUCCAUUGUCUAUCUCAAGGUGGGCGAGUUUGAGCAUGUCCGAGAGCACGGAGAGGAAUCGUUCACUAUCAAGAAUCUUGUUGCUUGCUAG